CUCGGGAACUUAGUUUCUGAAGGUUCUCUAAAAUAUUCAAUAAAUUCAAUAAAAUGGAUCUACUUGGUUCCAUUCUUGGCAGCAUGCAAAAGCCGCCUACGAUGGGCGAUGCAGAAAGGAAAAAGGCAAGAGAGCAAAAGGCUUUACUUGAGAAACAACAAGAAAAAGAGAAGAAAAGUUUGCAGGAAUUCAGAGAAAAGAUACAAAAAAGAAUACAUGAUUUCAUUAAAGAUGGAACAAAACAGAAGAGCAAAUUUGAACCAAUGGACAAAGGAUGGAGAGCCAUAGUUCAUGAAGUUGCCGAUGUUGCAGGAUUGACGUCUUUUUCCUUUGGUAUAGAGGAACAGGACAGAUAUGUCAUGGUUUGGAAGAAGGAGUUUGCUCCAACUGAUGAUGAGGUAAAUGCUCUGAGGGCUGGUAAAGAAUGGGAUCCAGAAAAAGCCAAAGAACUGGAAAAACAAAGGGAACUAGAAAGACUAAGUGCUGAGGAAAACUCAUCAUCUCAGAAGAAAAUAAUUCCUAAUUCUAACUACAAAGACAAGUACCGACAUCUGAUUGGUGACGAAGCAGCAAAGAAGGCCGCAAAACAGACAACGGCCAACAGGUCAUACGGAUUCGUGCCAAGUGAGAAUAAACGAGACCAUAGGACAAUAGAGGAAGUGUUAGCAGAAACCAGGGCUAAGAAAAAACUUAAAACAGAAGCCCUGAAAAGUCCUGUCGGUGGUCCUGUUGUGGAGGAGUGUAGCUCCCUCACUGCAAACUCUGGGGGGCAAACUUCAGAAUCAACAGAAACUAAGUCCACCAGUGUAUGACCCAUAAUAUAUAUACAAGACCAAUGAUUUUCCAUGUGUGAUGACGUUUAUAUUUUUUUAAAAUUUGUUUUCCAGACUCUGUUUUAAUUUUUUCAUACUUAUACACUUUUCUAAAUACUUUAAAGUUAAGUUUUGAUUCCAUUUAUGAUGAAUGCAUUCAGGAAUAUAUUCAUGUGUAGCACUACUCAUUAAAGAUAAGAUUCAUUGCAUGCAUUAAAGUUAUGCAUCCAUCUGUAAACCAGUGUUUAGAAUGCAACACAUACUGCAGUGACAGUUUUUAUCAGAUUUCAAUAAAACUUUGUACAAUUG